AUGUUGGAACUUGUAGUGAAAGAGAGUGAUCUCGAUGCUUUUGUAGCAUUGGCAGAUGCUAUGGUUGGUGAAGUGAGACCUGAAGAUAUUAAGGACGAUUUGCCUGCAAAUUUCCCAAUGGAAAGAUUAGAAGAGUAUUGUAAGUUAGUUCCAAGUAAAAUUCCAACAUUUAGAUCAGAUGUUGCUACUACUGUCAACAAUGCUGGUAUCACUGCAAGUAGGUUGUUUGUCAUCAUCAAUAGAUUAUUACAAUCCAGAAUUACAGCACCAACAUUGACAGGAUCAAUGACAUUGGUAACAGAAAUGACUUUAGAAGAAAGAGUAAGUUUAAUGAAUAGGUGGAAAGCAUCUCCCAUCGAGGCUUUAAGGAAAUUACACAAAUCCUUCUUUCAAGCUACCAUCAAGACUUUCACUACCACAGCAGGUGAAUUACAUAAUUUAGCAAUGGGAUAUCCUGAUGAUGAAAAACGUGCAAGUUUAUAUGAAAAUCAAAAGAUUGAUAACUUCAAAUACAAAAUGAUGGACAGAGUAACCAAUGAUUCAAUUGAAUUGCAUUUACCUAAUAUUGAUGCUGUAAUCAUUGGAUCGGGAUCAGGAUCCGGAGUGGUUGCUCAUACUUUAAGUAACGAAGGUUAUAAAUGUCUCGUUUUAGAAAAAGGUAAAUAUUACACGAAGGAGGAAUUCGUAUUCCCUGAUGCUGAAGGUAUGAAAAACUUGUAUGAAAAUCAAGGUAUUGUUACCAGUGCAAGUCAAGAAAUUUUCCUUUUAGCAGGUGCCACUUUCGGUGGAGGCUCAACAGUCAAUUGGUCUGCUUGUAUCAAAACUCCUUUCAAAGUCCGUAAAGAGUGGUAUGAUGAUUUUGGAGUUGAAUUUGCUGCCAAUGAGGAAUUUGAUCAAUGUCUAGAUUAUGUUUGGAAUAAAAUGGGUGCUAAAACUAUUGAACCAGAAUUUCACUCUGUUUCAAAUCAAGCUAUCAUGGAAAGUGCCGAAUCUUUAGGUUAUCAUGCAGCCCCAGUUGCUCAAAACUCAGGUGAUCACCCAAAUCAUGAUUGUGGAAGAUGUUAUUUGGGUUGUAAGUAUGGUAUUAAACAAGGUAGUGCUGAAUGUUGGUUCAGAGACGCUUAUGAAAAUGGAUGUCAAUUCUUAGAUCAAGUCAGAGUCAAUAAGAUAUUACAUAAAGGUGGUAGAGCUUAUGGACUUGAAUGUUUCGACCAAGUGACCAACAAGUUAUUUGUCAUAACUGGGCCAAAGAAAUUUGUCGUAAGUAGUGGUUCUUUAAACACACCAUUAGUUUUACAAGCAUCUGGAUUCAAAAAUAGACAUAUUGGGAAGAAUUUGAAAUUACAUCCUGUGGUGACAAUUAUGGGAGAUUAUGGUAAGGAUGUCGAUGUCAAUGCAUUCAAUCGUCCCAUCAUGACUGCCGUUAGUAAUCAAGUCGCCGAUUUGGAUGGUAAAGCUCAUGGUCCAAGAAUUGAAACCAUUUUACAUACUCCGUUUGUCGAGGCUGUUUACCUUCCUUUCGAUGAUCCAGUCCAAGUUAGAAAGGAUAUGUUGAAAUUUAAUCAUAUGGCAGCCAUGUUAAUCAUUACUAGAGACGAAGGAAGUGGAAGUGUUUCCUUCGAUGCCAGACAACCUGACAAGGUCUUGGUUGACUAUAAUGUGAACAAAUUUGACACUAAAGCUUUAUUGACUGGUUUAUUGAUUGCUUCAGAUAUGUUAUAUAUGCAUGGGGUUAAGGAAAUCAUCCAUAGUCAAUCAUGGACUCCAAGAUUCAAGAGUAACAAGCCAAAACAUGAAAGAAAAAUCACCGACAAAGAUUAUGCUGAAUGGAGAAAAGCACUCGAAAAAGCAGGUCAUUAUAAAUUCGGUGCUGUUUAUGGUUCAGCUCAUCAAAUGAGUUCUUGUAGAAUGUCAGGAAAAGGACCAAAAUAUGGAGCAGUGGAUUUGAAAGGUAAGUUAUUUGAAUGUGACAAUGUUUAUGUUGCUGAUACUUCUACCUUCCCAACCGCAAGUGGGGCUAAUCCAAUGAUUACUUGUAUGGCUAUGUGUAGACACAUCGCUUUGGAUAUAGUCAAGGAUUUGAAACAUAAACCUAAAUUUUAG